GCAUUUCGUCCGUGUCCUUCUAGCAGCAUCGCGUUACAUGAAAUUCCUGUUUUAGAGUCUAUAAGAUUGCCUACUCCUUCCCCAGCCAUGUCCGCCACACCUGCCGACAAUGCCCCUCCCUCCUCGGUCACCAAUGCCGUCCUGGUGGCCUCCGAGCCCGUGCCCGAGGGAACACACCAGGUCAGCGGUAUCGACUUUGACCGGUUUAAGGGCCGCGAUAUCACCGUCGCUGAGAUGGUCGACAACAUGAGGUACACGGGUUUCCAAGGCAGCUCCGUCGCGGAGGCCGCCCGCAUCGUUAACGAGAUGAGGGCGUAUCGGCACCCCGAAACCGGCGAGAAGACGACCAUCUUCCUAGGCUACACCUCCAACCUGAUUUCGUCCGGCCUCCGCGACACCAUCCGCUACCUGGUGCGCAACAACCACGUUUCCGCCAUCGUCACGACAGCCGGCGGCGUGGAGGAGGACCUGAUCAAGUGUUUGGCGCCGACCUACAUGGGCAGCUUCACGGCCCCGGGCGCGGGGCUACGGGCCAAGGGAUUGAACCGGAUCGGCAACCUCAUCGUGCCGAACAGCAACUACUGUGCGUUUGAGGACUGGCUGAUCCCCAUCCUGGACAAGAUGCUGGAGGAGCAGGAGGCGGCCAAGAAAAAGGCCCUCGAGACGGGCGACGAGGAGGACGAGCUGCACUGGACCCCAAGCCGGAUCAUCGAACGCCUGGGACGCGAGAUCAACCACGAGGACUCGGUGCUGUACUGGGCUGCGCGCAACAACAUCCCGAUCUUCUGCCCCGCCAUCACCGACGGCUCUCUCGGCGAUAUGCUCUACUUCCACACCUUCAAGUCGUCCCCGCAGCGGCUGCGCGUCGACAUCGUCGACGACGUUCGCCGCAUCAACACGAUGGCCGUGCGGGCUUCCCAGGCCGGCAUGAUUAUCCUGGGCGGCGGCGUGAUCAAGCACCACAUUGCCAACGCCUGUCUGAUGCGAAACGGCGCGGAGCACGCGGUGUACAUCAACACGGGUCAGGAAUUCGACGGGAGCGACGCGGGGGCUCGCCCGGAUGAGGCUGUCAGCUGGGGCAAGAUCAAGGCCGAUGCCAAGGCCGUCAAGGUGUACGCGGAAGCCACGGUUGUGUUCCCGCUGAUUGUUGCGGCCUCGUUUGCGCGAGCCGGUACGGACGGGGAGGAGUCUCAGAACUGAGGGUCGCCCGGUCCCUUUGGAGAAGAAAAACAAAACUUCCCCAACCAAUUACAUGUUGAUCCAAUCCGCCCAUUAUUCCCGGAGUUCCCAACGGCGCGAGAACAAAAAUUCCUUUUUUUUUUUGCACCCCAAUGAUAAUCGACCCGGGUCGAUAGCUUUCCCCGGCACCUCGGGCAUCGGUGU